AUGUCCGACCGCGAGGACAGCCUCGGAUCCAGCGCCGACGAGCACCCAGAGUGCGCGCUCGGCGGGGAAGAGCUUGUCGAGCUCAAGAGCGUUGCAGAUCUCCCCAACUACAAGGCAGACUUCGACGUUGACUCUCCCGAGCCCCGGCGAGAGAUCUACCUCCCUCACACAGCCCAAAAGCAGCCCAACAGCCAGCACGAGGAGCUGGAAUACAACCCAAGCACCUAUGACUACCUGCAUCGCUUUACUGUCGUCUGGCCCGUUCUCUCCCUAGACCCCAUUGUCGACAACUUUGGCCUCAAUCGGUCCGAGUUUCCUCAUCAGCUAUUGUUGCUGGGGGGCUGCCAGGUUGAUAGGAACUGCACUGAGAUGGGAGAGCUGGUGCUUUACCAUUUCACAGACGUCUCCUCGACGCGCUUUGAGGAGGACAGCUCGCUGGAUCCCACCCUUAUUCAGCGUAAGAUAGAUAUCCCAGCGACUGUCAACCGCAUUCGCUCAGGGACAUCCUUCUAUAGUAACUGUUACCCGGCGGGAAGUGCCGCAAUCGCCGGCCUUUGGACGGAUGACGGUGUGAUUAGCUUUAUAAACUGUGCGCCGUUGCUCAAGAGCGCAGGGGUGGGAGCUUUUGCUUCUGGGGAAUACUGGCACACAAGUACAGGGGCCAGCCUCGCGGGUGCAGGAGCAAUACAGAUUCCGCCAAUUCAUACAGAGACAAGCAUGCCCGUUGGCUUAACCAAGAAGCCCCAGAAGUCAAAGCGGGCAAAGGGUCGCAGCACAUUGGAGGUACACCUCGCCAACCCCCUGUGUAUUCAUGCCACCGACAAUAAUGGAAUAGAAGGCUAUGCUCUGGCAUGUAAUCCUGUCCGUUCCUUGUGGCUUGCAGGGGAUUGCCAGGGGUUCCUCAGAGCUUUUCACAUGCGGCCAGAUGGCUCUGUAGCGGUUGACACCAAUAGGAAGCAACCACACAAUGACUCUAUAGAGGACAUAGUGUUUGCCAAGACAGGCGCUCUCUUAGAGAGUAGCUGCUUUGCCACGUGUAGCUGCGACGGCAGGCUUAUUAUCCAUGACCCCAGGACUGCAGCAAGCACAUACGCCUUUAAUGUCGGUAGUGCCGACGUCAAUGUUUGUGACUGGAACUUUUUUAACGAAAAUCUUCUCGUUACUGGCGACGAUGCUGGUCAGUUGUGCCUGUGGGACAUACGGAGCACCACAGCCCCUGCAGGAGCUUUCCCCUACCACUCACAGGCCAUAACAAGUGUGAAGUUCUCCCCUAAUGACCCAUCUCUCUUUGCAGCGACAUCUGACGAUGGUGUGCUGAGCAUUUGGGAUCAUGAGAUAGAAAACGAUGAUGUUGAAAUAGCUGGUGCAGAUACCUUCACCACGGACGCUGUGUCACAGUUGAAUCAGCUACCCAAGGAACUUCUUUUCCUCCAUAUGAACCUUCAGGAACCGAAGGAGCUUGCGUUCCACCCGCAGGUUUCGGGAGCUAUGUUUGUCACAGAUGCCAAUGGGAUCCAGCUCUUUAAGCCAAUCAACGUGGGGAUAGAGUACGAUGAAAUAGAGAAAGACAGCGACGUAGAAGACUCGUGA